UAGUGAUAAAAUAUUUAUAUUUUAAUCGCACUUAUUAAUAUUUCAUUAGUCUUCAUUCAUGAUUUUCUAAAAAUAUAUCUUUGAACCUUUUUUAAAAUCAAAUCCGUACAUUUGGUUUAAUUUGAUGAAUGAAACCUUUCUCAUGAGCUCACGUUUUCCGUUUCCUAAAUGAUUUUUAUAGAAAACGACUGAUUUAGAAAAGCUGAUGAAAUAUUCCAUCUCUGCUGCUUUUUUACCUUUUUAUUACAGUUUGAAGUAGUUUCUGUUCAACCUGGAGUAUCUUACAUGAUUGAAAGAGAGAAAGUGGCAUUAUGAAUGUCCUUUUAUCAAAUAUGCGACAAUUUACUAGUCGGACAAAGCAAGUGAUUUUCUCAGAUGUUCACAUAUCCCAGUUGAGAUCAUUUAGAAGAGCAGCACAAGAUGGGAAAGGACUAUCUAGAAACCCCAAGAAGAAAAUUGUCGAUGUGAAAUUUGACAAGGCACACCUAGAGCAGUUUAACGUUGUUUAUGAUGAUGUUCCAAAGAAACUUCCGUUCAGCAGACUGUUCAAACCUUUUGUAUUUGCAGGAGUUUUCACAGGAUGUGCAUUUAGUGGGGCAGCAGUCUGGCAUUAUGAAGAAGCACGUAGCAGGGCCAUCAACAGACUCAGGCAGCGUUACUCAGGUUUCUUUGAUGCAAGGGAGAGAAAACAUGGUGAAUUCAGAGAAAUGGUGCAUCAAUGGUAUGGCAGAUUAACUGGAACCCAGAAGGUCGUCCUUGGCAUCGUAGCAGCUAACAUUGCAGUAUUUACUUUCUGGAGGAUACCAGCAAUGCAGCACUUCAUGAUACAAUGGUUCAGUGCAAACCCUGCUGCCAGUGCCACUUGCCUACCAAUGAUCCUUUCUGUCUUUAGUCAUUACUCCCUCUGGCAUUUAGGAGUCAACAUGUAUGUGUUAUGGAGCUUCUCCGGUAGUAUAGGGAGUGUGCUCGGCAAAGAGCAAUUCCUUGCAAUGUACCUCAGUGCUGGUGUGUGGUCUUCCUUCGCAAGCUAUGCGCUAAAGAUAGCUACCUCAAGAUUCAAUCCCUCAUUAGGGGCCUCAGGUGCAAUAAUGGCUGUCUUGGGAGCAGUUUGUGUACAGUAUCCUGAUGCUAGAUUGGCCAUUGUCUUUCUUCCUUUCAUCACCUUCUCUGCAAGCACAGGGCUGGUAGCUCUCUUAGGUAUGGAGACUACAGGAGUUCUUCUCGGCUGGCAAUUCUUUGACCAUGCUGCUCAUCUUGCUGGGUUAUUAUUUGGAUGCUACUAUAUAAAGCAUGGUCACAAAGUAUUCUGGGACAAGAGACAGCACUACCUUGAGCGGUGGCAUAAACACAGAGGAAAACCGAGUGAGGUCUGAAUAGUUAGACUAAGCAACAAACUCUUGAAUGAUGAAAUUGAUCUUGGCAAUCAUCAAUACCUGGAUGUGAGCUGUGGGUGAAGAUUAGUUAUCUUUGUGGAUGAAUCUGAACGGCAGAGGAGAAUCUCAAAAGUUGUUUCAUGAGGAAGCAAAGUUUGAUUCUGAUGAUCAACUCUGCAAUGUUGCGAUGGCAGGAUAGCAAGGAUUCCCAAAUACCAGGGCCCUCAGUGGUAGAUUACAAUAGAUGUUUUUGGCCUGUAUUCUCAAAAACGGUUUCAAUGUUACCAUGUUACAAAAUCAUGGAUUAUGAAUAUUUCUUGAUUUAGCACACUUCAUUCAAGCAUGAAUUAAGCACCCUUGCCCAAAGCAUGCUUCAGACCAAAAGAUGUUAAAAGAUGGGAGUUGCUGCUGCCCUGUUUGGCGUUCAACAAUUUAAGGGACAGAGCAACCUCGAUCUGGCGCUGCACAGUGGCUUCUGGGCCCACAAUCAAUGAGGCAAAAUAAAUUUUCUGAGGAUUUGUAUUUCGAACAAUAAAAUAUGGAUUGAAAAAAAAAAAAUAGGAAUGAAUGGAUAAUUGUACAAGUGUUCCUAUACAUGUAUAUGGCACUCUUGAUUAAUUCUGGUGACAAAACAGAAUUUGGAAGUUGGAAAUCAAUUCUUUGAUGUUUUUGGAAUAACUGACAUUUGUUAUCUCAACAGUGGAUUGUUUUGAGCUGUAUGUAUAUACAGUUUAGCCUGAAUAGUACUACAUGUACCCUUUUAAUGGGGUGUUGCUAGAAAGUAUUUGCAAUCAAUUGCAAAUUUACAAGUGAUCAAUUUUAACUAAAAGUUAACUAACUUAACUAUUCUUGUUGAUAGGAGAAUCACACAAGUUAUCAAUAGCAAAUUUGCAAAGAAAUAAUUGCGAGACUUAUGAUUGAUUUGGGGACCUAAAAGUGACUUGCAAUCCAUUUCAAGUUUCUUGCAACACUCCAUUAGUCGAUGAUCACCUAAGGUGAGGCAAUUUUAAGAACCAUUAUUGUGUGAAAUAAUAAGUUACAUACCUCUCCCAAGUAAGUUUUCUGAUGCUCCAGAGUUGACCUUUAAUAUUCAAACACCUGAAUAAUGACUGCUUUUUAGGAUGGGAGGUCUGGCAGAUAAAAACAUCAUUUUGCUUCAGAUAUUUUUAACAUUUGUGCAUUAAAUGGCAAAACUAAAUGAAUAUUUGUGUUUUGUAAUAUUGUCUGAUAGUAUUUUCAAUCACUUAAUGAAAUAUUGAUUCGAAAGUUCCUGAAAUUGCCGUUUUGUCCGGAGAUACAGUACAAAAGUCAGGUAUACAUAUGGCAUUGCUCCAGAGAUACAUGUAAGCCUACAUGUAUUUAUAUGUAAAUGAAAUGUACUAUGUUAUACAGAUAUUGCCUACCUAGAGUUUGAAUAUAACAUUUCCUCUCCCCGACGGAGUUAUAUUUUUCCCAAGGGAUUAUAUUUUGCCCGAAGCGCGCAGCGCUGAGGGAAAAUAUUAUCCCGAGGGAAAAAUAUAGUUGGAGGGGAGUUGAAAUGUUAUUUAUUAAAAAGAUAGAGCAGGUAAUAUCUGUUAUAUUAUAUAGUAUAUGUGGAUUUGCCAUCAGAUUGCCUUCAUCAUCUGGCUCCAACCCGAAAUUCUUGCUACAGCUCUGAUACGUCUACGUCAUAAUAGAAAACAAAAUGGAAAAUACAGCAAGCGUUCUUCAUGCAAUCGACGCGUUAACACUAGCGCGUACAUCAAAUAAACUACCUGACUUCGCAACCUGGAAGCAGCGAGUGACGUCACCUUAGUGAAUAUAACGCCGCAAUUGACAAUACAACGCAGUUAUAUUCACUGAGGUGACGUCAAAACCUAAAAUAUAACAAAUGCGAUCCUCGCAGCUAUGAUCACAUGAUGGCGUAUUGACCUAUCACUGAUUCAAAUCUACAUAAACUAUGUAAUAUAUGUCAUUAUUGUGUUAAUCACAAAUAUAUUUUUAUUUUGUAACCAUGAAUAGGCCCUAUAUGCAUGUAUAUUACUCAAUCUGGAUAAAUGAUAUACUUUAUUACCGGUGUAUAUGAGCAGUUGUUUUUUUUUAAAUAUAAUUAUUCCCUAUUUUGUAUGCACUUCGAUUAAUUUUUAAUCCCUCUAUUAAACUUAAGAGAGUUGACCCCCAAAAAUCACUUUACUAUUACGCAUAUCCUUAACUCCUUUUUGGGGGCUAAACCAAGUUCUGAAAUGAAAUGAAAUUCAUACCCAAGCAUAGACAACUCUAGAAAAUGGUUAAUUGCUAUGUAUUCACUUUGUAAGUUGUUUAUACAUGUAUUAACAAAUUUGACAUCGAGUUUUUUUUUAC